AUGGUUGCCGUCAAGGCUGAAAUUAAGUCUGAGCCUCACACUCCAAAGGUUCAAUGGGACACCAAUGAACGCUGGACAGAGCGCCCAAUUGAAUAUCUCACAAACCACCUUGAUGUUCGACUGAAAAUGUUCAGUGAUUCUGUCAAGGAUGCAAGGAAGGAGUCACGGAAAAAGGUUGUUGGUAGCAAACCCAAAGUUGAAUAUUACCGUGAGAUAGCAAAGGCUGUCUUUGAUGUCGAAGGGGAACCGGAUCGUGGCGCUUAUUUAAUGGAACCUGAGCGCUAUGCAACCUGUCUUAGGUCGGAUCACUUAAAGACAUACACCAGAUAUCGCAAAAUGCUACAGCAGACCGGUGAGGGCCUCAAAGAUGAGGAUGAGGAUAAGAAUGAAAUGCACAGAAACCAGCUAGAGAUGAUUCAUGCAUCUUUCCCAUGGUGGAACACACUGCAUGGAUGGUGGUCAGAGCAUCCAAAAUACGCAUUCCAGAUGGUAACAAACUCAACAAGCGGCACUGGGAAGAUGGUAAGUGAUUUUGAACAAGCCGUCUUUGUGCCUCCAGAGCAAGUUGCUGCACCCAUUGAGACCAAUACCUCCCGUCCACCUUCACCACCAGCCAUCGUAAAUGCACUGCUUUCCCAUGUCAACUCACCAAUUUCUUGGGCCGAACCACCACCUCAGGUUGACAUGGGACUUCUUAAUACGGACACCACCCUUUUUCGCAUGGAGUCGCCCACUGGUUUUCCACUCUCCCUUCCAGACUCGCAGCUCCCUGAUGUCAAGCCAGGGAUUAAUGCAGAAGACUCAAGUGUGUCUUCAUCUCAUACACUGGCAAGGUCAACCCCAGGGCCUGCCACACUCAAGUCCAAGGUUGACUUGACGCUCAUGGCUUCACGCACAUCAGGGUCAAAGGGCCACAAAGAUUUUAUUGCCGAUUUCCAUGAGGCAGCACGGGUUGAUCAGGUUCAAGCUCAACAAGAGGCUGAAUACCAUCAUGUACAGCAGAUGGCACGGUUUGAGCUCAAGAGAGAAAAGAUGCACCAUAAAUUUGAAAUUGAGUCGCUCAGGCUUCAGUUACAACUUGCGCAGGUCCAGUCACAGCCACAGCAGCAGCAACAGCUGCAGCAACAGCCACAACAACAGCAUGAUCCCACAUUUGAUUUUGGGAGUCUCAAUUUUUAG